AUGGACAUAACUGGACGGGGCACCGUGCGGCAUCACAACAUCACUCUGCACGGCGUCCUGUUGGUGCCCAGGCUAGCUGUGAACAUAGUGUCCGUGUCCAAACUCGGCGAGUUGGACUACACUGUUGAGUUCACACGUACCAAUUGUUUCAUCCGGGGCGCCGGCACAGGGGACCUUGUCGGGGAAGGACACCUCGUCAAUGGCCUGUUCGAGCUUGAUUUUCUGCAGGCCCCACGCGCCCGACUGUGCUAG